UGAAGAUGCUGCUGGACGCAAGAAGAAGAGACUACUGAUGAGUAUUAAUUAAUUUUCCUACUCAGUAUGGUGUUCUCCGAUGACAUUCUUUGAGGAGUGCGGUUUGCUCGUACAGAAGACAUUCCGAGGAAGAACGCUGCUUUCCCAUGGAUUUAUGAGAGUGCAGAUUUUCAAUCGCCAAUUCACCAUGACAUUGUCACCAUGUCAUCAUUACCUGGUACAUGUACCUACUGGUCAGGUCCGGUACAGGUACUUUUAAUUAAAUACCAGUUGACUACCACCUGAGCAAAAAUAAAGCUUUCCGGCCACCCCGAUGUGCAAUGGCCUCAUCACAAAACCACUUGGCUCCCGUAGAAACUAGCUAGUACUAGCUAGAUCUAAACUGCUUGGAGCUUGGAGCCGCCUUCGUCCCAACUCCCAAACACAGUCCCCUCUGCUUUACUAUUACUAUUAGCAGUUUUUGUGUUUGUUCAUCCCUGAGAGUUUACCACUGCUUGAGUCGAGUAAUAACUAAAAUAAAAUAAGAUAAAGAAAGACGAUGACCUCCCAAGAGUUCUCCCCGAAGCCUGAUGCUGAUGAGAAGCAACGAGAGAAAGCGGUUCCAGCCGUAGAGGCAGCCGGUGUCCAACGAGCCCUCGAGGCGGAAACGGCGUUGAUGACCGAAAAGGGAGCCGCUGUGAUGCGUCGUACUGUUUCCUUGGCUCCUCCUCCUCCUACUACCGUUGCCCAGGCGAAUGAUCAGUAUCAAGAGGCAGAAGCCGUAUUGUUGGAGGCAAAGCGAGCCUCGAUGCGAGAGACUGUGUCGAUUGGAAUUGUUCCCGCUGGUGCGACGGAAGACGACGAUGAGACGGCUGUAUCCGUUGCCGCUACUACCACGACGCAAACCACGGCUGGAGUCACCAGUGGAACGACCACCAUUGUCAGCACUGCCACUGCUACUACUGGAACAACUACCACUACCACGGAUACGGGGGAUGUGGAAGAAGGAGGAAUCAACACCAAUCAUCCAACAACCACUCGCAUGACGCUGACCACAAGCGCUGCACUGGCGGCCGUCCCACCUGGCCUAGAACGUUCCAGUCUACGUGCGUCGGUUCCCGGUGCCGUGGCCAUGGCGGGGAUUGGCGGCGAUGACUCUAGUAAUCAUAAUAUUAUGGAUGAAUCAUCGGACGAGACUUGUCGUGACGUCGAACAAACGGGCCACAGUUCCACCGGAGGAAUCCUCGAUCCACUCGAGGAGGAUCUCUUGGUCGAAGCUCGAUUGGUGGGAGCCGACGAUUCGGACGUUUUUGAAGCCAGAACCAUGGAAUUCCAGUGGCGAGAAUUGGCCACGCAUCCGAAAGUCUUGGCCAUGUUGUGUGUCGUCGUGAUGGUGGCUGUGGGAGUGGCCGUGGGUGUGACUCGUCGCAGUAACAGCGACAGCACUGACAGUGACAGCCCCGUCUGGGACGUGCAGGAUCCAUUUGAAUCUAAUCUGCCCAACAAUACCCUCGAGGCCAUUCGUGUCCCCUUUUCUCCGCAGGCACGGGCCAACCAGUGGAUGCUACAAGAUGACACUACUAACUUGACUCCACAAAGACAACAACAGCGGUUUGCCAUGGCCACAUUCUUUUAUGCUACCAAUGGAGAGCAGUGGACUUUGCCAAGCAACCAUCAAUGGUUAAAUCACUCAGUGCAUGAAUGCCAUUGGGGCCUUUACUAUGACAUUGAUGUGAAAAUUGAAGGAAUCGAUUACUACGAGGGGUCUGGAACGAAUGGAAACUUCAGCACGGCGUGUCCCCAGAACGACGGCGUUGUGCGAGUCCUCGUCCUGGCUCCCAUCAAUGCCGUGGGAACUCUACCAAACGAACUCUUUCAGCUCUUGCCAGAAUUGGAGGUUUUGGAUCUUUCGUGGAACCAUGGCAUCCAUGGGACACUGCCCACGUACAUUGGUGGCAUGCAGAAACUCGGAGAAGCUAUUUUUGAAAGUACGGGACUGUCGGGGGCGAUUCCUUCUGAAGUUGGAUUGAUGCCCGAUUUACAGCUUUUCAGUCUUCAUCAUUGCAAAAUCGCACAGCAAAUGCCAACAGAAAUUGGCAGUCUCUCCAAUCUGAAACAGCUCUUUCUCGAGGACAAUCAAAUUACUGGACCGAUUCCUAGUGAGUUGGGUCUGUUGAGUGGCUUGACCACGGUGGAGCUGGAAGCCAACGUCCUUACCGGAACGCUGCCCGCGGAACUCUUUCACAACCAAUCCAACUUGUACAAACUAUCCAUGGGCGACAACUUUUUCUCGGGAAGCAUUCCUCCUCAAAUCAAUGAAUUGCCAAAAGUACGAGUCCUCGUACUCCAAUGGUCCGGCCUCACAGGUCCUCUACCGGAUAUGUCACGGCUCACGCGCUUGACAGAGUUGAGACUGGGAGAGAAUGAAAUCACCGGGACGCUUCCAUCGUCGCUUGCGUCCAUGACAAAUCUGGAUAUUAUCAUUCUGGACUACACAUCUUUGUCAGGCCCCAUCCCCAGUGAACUCGGCCUGCUGUCUCGAAUUUCGGAGAUUUGGCUGCAGCAUACCCAUCUAGAAGGAACGCUGCCUUCCACCUUGGGCCAGCUCCAAUCCCUGGCGGCCUUGGUAUUUUCCAACACUCCUGCACUGACUGGAAUCAUUCCUUCCGAGUUUGGACAAUUGGAGAACAUGGCGGAAUUCUGGAUUGAUGGCACCAUGAUCACAGGAUCGUUGCCGCCCGAGCUCUGCGAGCUCUACAAUGACGGGUUCCUUGUGGACCUUCGUGCCAAUUGCUCUCUUGUUGAGUGCUGUUCGAGCUACUAGCUCAGUAGAUACUGUAAUAGGUACCGGCAUGAUACAUGAUAGCUUAUUGAAUUCGAUCGAUAUGAUAUGAUAUGAUAUGAUUCGGUUCGGUACCGUGAAACGUAGUACCGUGCGGGUAGACUACCUUCCACUACAAGAAUACAUUUGAGUUCAGGUAGAUGCGGUACCAGGUACACGUUUUAUUUUAAACAAAAUCGCCAAGUAAAGGUUAUCUUCAACCCUACACUUACCCAACCUACCCGCCUA